CUGCCUACAUUGUCUCCCAUAACGUAUGUUCUUUUAAUCAAGGAAAGAAAAAGAAAAAAGAGAAAAAAUUAUUUUCCCUUUUUUACACAUGUUGUCUCUAGUUAAUCUUCCUGCUAGUAUAUACCACCUUAUCCUCUCUCAUGCUUACUCUACAGAAAAGGAAGAAAUCAUUGGCAUGCUAAUUGGUUACUGGGAGACAAUACCUAGCAGCAAUCCAUAUUAUAAGACGAAAUGUAUUGCUCAUAUCAAAUCUAUAUCCUUUUUGACACGUUCCGACAAAAGAAAAGAUAGAGUAGAAAUUGCACCUGAAAACCUACAUUUGGCUGCAAUACAAGCUGAGGAACUGGGUAAAAGGACAAAUCAACCUAUGAUGGUCAUUGGAUGGUAUCAUAGCCACCCUCAUAUCACCGUCUUUCCAUCUCAUAUUGAUAUUCGAACACAACUAUCCCAACAACUGAUGGACGAUCGUUUCUUUGGUCUAAUAGUCUCAUGCUUUGACACUACAGCUGAUAAUAGCGAAAAGAUACAAAUCACUUGUUUUCAAACAAGAAAGGAAACAGUCGAAAAAAUAAAUGUACCACUUACGAUUGAACCAGAGCAAGUCGUACCGGAAGACAUUCGAGAAUUAUAUUUGGAUCUUCCAAACCACAUCUUUGAUGAGUAUAAGAAGGAAUACAAGUUGUCUACAGAGCAUAUAUACUAUGAUUUAAGAGCAAGAGAUCAACAGAAACUACCAAACAUUCUGUCUCAAGCUUAUAACGCAAGUGUCUAUGGACAGCUGGUGACUAAUUUAGUAGAUAAUAUCGUUAUACCCUCUGUUCAUCUCUUGGAUAUGAAGGCAGUAGCUUUGGAUAAAGAGGUUUGGCUGUUGUGUGUGUAUUGAUAUAAUGUAGUAACGCUUUUAUGAAUAGAUUGAAGAACUUAAAGCAUAUAAAAAGCAAUUGCUAUCCGCACCUUUUAAUUAAAUCAU